GCAGCAUCAACAGAGAGAUGUGAGCUUCUGUAUCUCAUCUGCGUGGGACACACUCUCCAGCUGGAUGUCAGACUGCUGAUGCUGCACAACAUGUCAUUUUACACAAGGAAAACACUGACAUGCCAACAAGUUGCCGACUGGUUCUGGAAGGCUAGUAAAAAUGAGAAAUAAAAUCUUGAAAGAGACAUUUAAUUGGAAGAUGUUUAUUAAUAUAGAUGCUUAGAGUUUUGGUCAGUGUGGUGUGUUCCUAGUAUUACCAGGCUCUUAUUAAGCCAUGUGUUCUGGCCACCUUAGAUAAAUUUCCAGCUCAUCGUAAACUCCUGCCCCUCCUCUCUGGGAUCUGCGCUGUGCCUCUGACCUUGCUGGCUUGAGUUUAAAUGAGGAAGGCAGAAAAUAGCACAUUAGACACAGAGCCCGUCCGUGUUUCCGUGGGCUCAGCUCAGCCAUCCGACACCUGAUCUCAUGGGUUCCUCUGCGGAGGUGCAGCUCUGUGCACCAUACAGCGUACACAUAACACACACACAAGGCUUACAAACAGUCAUGUUUGAUUCACUUUUUCGAAUACUUUAACUUCCAACUCACUACCGGUUCCCUGGAGCUAACAACGUAGGAAGAAAUUCAGAGAAAGAGAGAGAGACCUGUCUGAACGUCUCUGCUCAGGAGCAGCCGGAGUUGUUCCUGAAGAAACUUCAGCAGUGUUGUGCUGUUUUUGAUUUCAUGGACACUCUGUCAGACCUGAAGAUGAAAGAAUACAAGCGUUCAACCCUCAACGAGCUUGUCGAUUAUGUCACAGUCAGCCGAGGAUACCUCACAGAACAGGCCUACCCAGAGGUCGUCAAAAUGGUGUCCUAUAAUAUAUUCCGAACUCUUCCACCCAGUGACAGUAACGAGUUUGACCCAGAGGAGGAUGAACCCACUCUAGAGGCCUCAUGGCCACAUUUACAGCUGGUGUACGAGUUCUUCAUUCGUUUUUUGGAGAGCCAGGAGUUUCAACCCAGCAUUGCCAAAAAGUACAUAGACCAGAAAUUUGUCUUACAGCUGCUGGAGUUGUUUGACAGCGAGGACCCGCGGGAGAGAGAUUACCUGAAGACAGUCUUACACAGAAUCUAUGGAAAAUUCCUGGGACUAAGAGCUUUUAUACGAAAACAGAUUAAUAAUAUUUUUCUACGUUUUGUUUAUGAAACUGAGCACUUCAAUGGAGUCGCAGAAUUGUUGGAGAUUUUGGGAAGCAUCAUCAAUGGCUUCGCUCUGCCACUGAAGGCCGAGCACAAACAGUUUCUGGUGAAAGUUUUGAUUCCUCUUCACACCGUCAGAAGCCUUUCACUUUUCCAUGCACAGCUGGCAUAUUGUAUUGUACAGUUCCUAGAGAAAGACCCUGCAUUAACAGAACCGGUUAUCAGAGGUCUGCUGAAAUUCUGGCCUAAAACCUGCAGUCAGAAAGAGGUCAUGUACCUAGGAGAGUUGGAGGAGAUUCUGGAUGUGAUUGAGCCUACGCAGUUUGUGAAGAUCCAGGAGCCUCUCUUCAAACAGAUCUCCAAAUGUGUCUCCAGCCCUCAUUUUCAGGUGGCUGAGAGAGCUCUGUACUACUGGAAUAAUGAGUACAUCAUGAGUCUGAUUGAGGAGAACUCUAAUGUGAUUCUUCCUAUAAUGUUCACAAGUCUGUACCGGAUCUCCAAAGAACACUGGAACCCGGCCAUAGUAGCUUUAGUCUAUAAUGUUCUGAAGGCCUUCAUGGAAAUGAACAGCACUUUGUUUGAUGAACUCACGUCCACUUACAAAUCAGAUCGUCAGAGAGAGAAGAAAAAAGAGAAGGAGAGAGAGGAGCUGUGGAAGAGGUUGGAGGAUCUGGAGUUAAAGAGAAGCCUCCAGAGCGACGGAAUUAUUCCCACUUAACGACGCGCCUCUCCCGGACCGCUUUUUCCCAACGCCUCCAACAUGCGCUCGGAACGUUGGCCACAUUUUUUUCCUUUCUGUAUUUGUGCGACUUACUUUACGGUAGAUUCACCUCGUCAGUCUCAUUAUUUCAAAAGCACUGUAAAUAACUUUAUUUUAUCUUUUCCCCCCUUAAAAAUAUUAUGCCGAAAAAGAACGUGACUAGAAAAGGAAAUUAAACAAUUAAAAUAAGCAAAAAACGAAAACAAGAGAAACCGGCACUGGAGGGGGAAGGACUUUGAACAGACAGUAGGACUGAAAUGAAUGACUGCUGUUAAGAAAAUCAAACAAACAAACAGAGAAUCUCAUCCCACUGAUCGGACAUACCUCUGCCAUCCUUACUGAACAACACCAGCCCAAUUCUCUCUCUCCUUCCUCACCUGCCCCUGUACCUUACUCUUCCCCGCUCUUUCUUUUCCUCUUUAUGUUUCUGAAUUGGAUCAACAUUCGCCACCUGUGUGUCCUGAAUAUCUGAAAGCAGAGUAGUCUACCCUUGACCUCUGAUUAUUCGUUAACAUCUGGAUAAACGCAGUGAGUCUGGAUUGUAGACAUCUUGAGGAGAUGCAAAAGGACACUAUGCAGUAACCAGCAAAGAAGAGGAAGUCAUAAAUAUACACCAGCUCUUGUUUUUCCCCCCUUUUUGUUCUUUUUCUGUCCAAAUGUGCCACCCGGUACACUUGUUUGGACUUUUUAGCACCAGUCCGGUACUGGUACCAGUAAAUGGGACUCACACACACACACAUCGGAGCAGGUGUCCAGAAUUCCAGCAGCAAAACCGGAGAUGCUUGUCAUGAGAAAUCGAACUGCACGUGCACACACACAUUCUGCAUUCGAGUGUGUGAGGGAGUUUCUUACAGUGUUAAGUACCUGUAUACUGUAUCUGAAUGCAGUACUUGGAUACUCUGUAUCUAGUAGAACAUUUAGCAUAUUUUUCUUUAGGAGAAUCCAGUAUAUGAUGAGGAAAGAUUGAACACAACCUCUUGGGAUUUUUUUUUCUUUCUUUCUUGGGUUUCACUUCUAAUUUGUUAUGGGUUUAUUUUAUUUUUUUGUCUGGAAUUGGUUUUGUUUUUUUCUUUUGACCAAGUGGAAUUUGUUCUCUCUUCCUUUUUUUUACUUAGUUACUGAUUUGGGGGGAGUGAGAGGGGGAUUGUGGAGGACUGAUGCUGUGGUGAGCUUUGUCAGAAUUGAACCUGUGCUUUAGAAAGCCCCAGAAAUCAAAUGAUUACAAAAGUUAAAAAGGGUCGGAUAAAUACAAAUGUUUAAUUAUUUUAAAAAAUAAAGAGAUAUUAAAUUAAACCUGUUUUGUGAUAAAGAUGAAAUGCACAUUUGCCUUAUUUGUGGCGUGUGUGAGCGGAUGAAAGUGUAAAGGAGAGGUGUCUGUAUAACUUGGGCAUUAUUGCAGCUGAAAAUCAUGAAAUGGUUCAGAUUUGUUUUCUAAAGUACUGAAACUGAAUAAUUUUCAUGGCCUUUGUUCUGUUAACUGAUUUAUUCUUUUAAGUUUCAGUGAAUCGGCUCUGAACAGUUGGGUCCCAAACUGAACUGAAUCAGAAUGACAAACGCAAUGAGUCUUACUAAGCAUAACGAAUUGCUUUUAUAAACCAGUUCUUGUAAUUAAUUGCUCAAAAAGAUUUAAGAUUCAUUGGUGAACUCGUGUUAUCAGUUUGAAUCCGUAAGAAUGAUUCAUGAAUUAUUAGUGAACUCCUAUUUGAAUCAGUCUGAAUAGUUAUUUACACACUCAACCACAAGUCAAUUAUUUAGUUAAUUCCUGUGAGAACAAAAAUUGGUCAUUACCCUUUUUUUUUUUUUUGACACCUGACCACUAUGAAUACCAUUUUGUUGCAAAAUCUUUGUAACAAUUCUUCAAAAAGUUUUUCUGCAGGGUGGAAUGACUAGAGGGUGAAUAAAUAAGAGUGUGUUCAUUUUCAGCUGA